AAAUGAUUCAGAGCCAAAGAAGCAAUCUUGAACAUCUGAAAUCUUCGCAUGGAUUGUUGGUAUAACGUAAAUAGUGAAGUUUGGAGCCUUUCCAGUAUUUGUUGUUGAUGGAACUGCAUCACCACUGAAAUCUCAGGCAAGGAUCAUGCGGUUUUUCUGUUCAUCUGGAAUUGAUUCUUCGUGCUUUCUGCCCCCUCAGAAGGAUGUCUCAGUUGAGAGGAACCAGGAAUUCACUAAAUGUGUUAAUGAUUGUGUGGAACUCCUUGACUAUUUGGGAUGCCUGUACUGAAAGCAAAUGGUGAGGCUGAAGCAUUGUGUGCGCAGUUGAAUAGAGAUGGUCAUGUGGAUGCCUGCAUCACUGCUGAUAGCGACACAUUUCUCUUUGGGGCUAAAUGUGUAAUAAAAUGCAUCAGGCCCAACUCAAAAUGGGAAAUAGUUGUUUUACCUUAAGAUUUUGUUGCUAGUUCCUAAGAAUCUUGUGAAAUUUCUUUAUGUGUGUACGUAUAGGUGUUAAACCUUUGGCAAAUAUGGGAAUCUCAUUUUAUGCAGGGACCAUUUGAGUGCUACCGUAUGUCAGAUAUUGAAGCUGGUCUUGGACUCAAGAGGAAACACUUGAUAGCCAUCUCUCUUCUGGUUGGAAAUGACCAUGAUCUAAAUGGAGUUCAAGGAAUUGGCCUUGAAACAGCUCUUUGUUUUGUCAAAAGAUUUAACGAAGAUGAGAUAUUGAAUAAAUUACACAAUCUAGGAAAUGGCGAUAAUCCACUUUUUCAGUGUGGAAUCAAAUCCACGGAUGGUAUCCCAACUAUUUCAGAUGAGAGCUCACCAAAGAAAAAGUGUUCUCAUUGUUCCUUCUGUGGGCAUCCUGGCAGCAAGAGAGCUCAUUUCAAGUCUUCUUGUGAAUACUGUGGAACAACUAGCAAUGAGAGUUGUAUUAAAAAAUUGGAGGGCUUGGAUAAGUCUUCAGAAAGCUCCCAAAAGCCUCAUUUGGUUUUCCUAUGCCUUCCUCUUCCACCUCCAUCCUUUUCUUCUUUCUUUCUCCCAACCAAGGUUAAGGUGCUUUUAUUAGAUUUUUGGGUAUUAAACUUUUAUUAGAAAUAUCCUUAAUUUUGGGACUUAUAUGACAAAGAUAGUGAGUUAGUCCUUUCUAUUGUUUGAUUUGGGUGUGAUUUUUGUUGUAGGAAUUAGAAGAAAAUUGAAUUGUUUACGAAUCACUGUUCAUGAUACUGUUUGUGAUACUGUUCAUGAUUACUGUUUAUGAUUACUGUUCACGUAUUAUGCUUUGAUCUCUUUCAAUAGGAAGUCCUAAUAUUAUUUUGGACAUAUUAUGAAUUUGUUUGACAUGUGUAUGUGUUUGUGACUAUGGAGUAAGUGGACCUAAACUUAAAGCUUGGGGUAUUUAGUGGACCCUUUGGGGUAUUCAGUGGACCUCUGCGCAGUAGGGUUAGUACUGUGAUUAGCUACGGUACAGUGUUGCUAGCACACCUCAGUGGACUCCAUAGCAUUGUGUGAUUUUCGAUUUUAUGCAUUGCGCUUGUGACAUCGUAUUUGUGAGCAUAUGAUUUUAGUAUAUGAAUUUAAUUUAAAUGUCAUUGAUUAUUACUUGACAUUUGUGCUCAUGAUUUGAGAUAUUAAAUCAUUAUUUAAAUACUGAGAAUUAUAAUAUUAUGUGAUUUGAUUCCGUUGUGUCUUAUGUUUUUUGUGUGGAUAGGUCUAAGGGUCUUGGGACCCAAGUUUAUAGCUUAAGCUUAUUACUUACUGGGCUGUGAGCUCAUAAAAUCCCCCCCCAUUUCAGAUCAGUAGAUCGAGGUAGCAGCAUCUCGGUUUAGGAGCUUUUGGCACGGGACUCGCAUGUUCGUUGUAUGUACAAGCUAGGGCCUCGUGUUUUCGAUAGAGAGGCAGAUCGAUAUCUUACCAAAACCAUAACUCAGCUUUUGUUUUUUGAAAAGCUUUGGAGAAGAAAUUUGCCUCAUAUAAUUUUUGUGUAAAUUAGCUUUAUGUAUAAAACUUUUAAAUUAAAUUAUAAAUGAACUU